AUAUCGUCUGAAACAGUGUGGCAGCACAAACAGUCGGGGUUCACUGCAAUGAAAUUCUUAGGCAAGGGAAUAAUGAGACCGAAUUAGGCUGUGGUGCAAAGACGUUCCAACAAAGAGAUAAGAGGGAAUGUUGCUAUUAUCUAAAAUAUUAAUGUGUCCAAUACAUUUUUUUGCUAUCAUAUAUUUUUAUUGACUGCCUGCAUAGAUACAGAAAGUUGACCCGGUUGCCUUUGGAAUGCUGCAGUAGUGUCUCCGAAUUCUGAAGAAGCACUCUACUUUUAAUUUUCAGAAGACAAAGAAAUGGAACAUGAUUAAAUUCAUACUUUUUGAAUUUGAGCAAGAUUCGUACUUUUCCACAGGAUUGAAAACAUCCAAACAUGUAGGGAAAUCAAGAUUAAAACGUCUUCUGCCAAGCACACUGCAACUCUUUACUUUUAAGAAAUUUUUAACUGGAAUUACUUCUGACAAUUACACGGUUUGUGGGUUUUACCUCAUUAGAGUUCUGAGAUAAUCAAAAUUAAAUUGCAUUUCUAUCGACUGACAUAACCGGGGAUACCAGUCACACUCAUACUAUUAAUUAGAGGCAGAUAUAUCAAUAAGGACGGCAACUUUUAAUUCUGCGGCUAGCGUAUUUAGUCUAUUGCUUAGUUGGCGCAUUUGCGUGCUUUUAAUUUUACAUUUUCUAAUGCAAAUGGGAUCCAUAUUACAGAUGUCAAUAUUAUUUUUACGUAAUAAGGACGCCGUAAGAUUGCACUGUUUGAUAUACAAUGUCCUAUCGUCAUAAAGUUUUCAUAAUUCGAAUCAAUUAGUAUAUUAUGAAUAUUUCAGAUGUUUGUGACAAUUCAUUCAAAGAUGUAAGUCCGACGCUUCGAGCGAAACGCAUCCUUAUCAUAAUCCGUUUUAUAUCAACUACAUGCUUGCAAUACUGGACAAAAUAUGACGUCGAAAUGUUACGUUAGCAGUUUCUGUAAACUGUGCUUAGCUCGGAAUCAACCGGCAGUCUCUAUAAGGCCAUAAACUGAAUUCGUGCCGUACGAGGCGCGUGGGAAUGUCAUUGAACGCACGUGCGCAUGGCACUGUAGCCCUCGAGACGUCUGCUCGCUGCUGAAGGAGGACAAGGUAAAGAAAGUUGCAUAUGUAGUGACCGCGUUCUGAAAGGGGAGAGAUGAGGUUCGAAACUAGGCACAAGUGUCCAGAGGUACUAUUGCCAUAGCCUACUGAAAUCUCGAGGAGCGCACCCACAUUAAUCACCUCAAAAAAUAAGAGGAAGAAGACAAACCGAAUGGAGAGUCCUCUGUUUCACCCCUCCAUUUAAUUUCUAUUCCGUGAAAGAAGAAAAUACGAAUGCAAUUUUUGCGGAGAUAGUUUCCAUGCGUCAGUCUCCUUCAGACGCUAGGACAUUUUUGUGGAUUUUAUUUCUGUUAAAUGCAAUGGGCUGCAUUCAGAGUAUUAGGUGUAAUCCAAAGAGCUUCCGUGAGAGUAUCAUGGUUCUCGAGGUGAACUGCUCUAUCGAUUCCAACCCUACGAGCAUUGACGAGUCAUCUAGCGUGGUCCUGCGCUACCGGACACCGCACUUCCGAGCGUCAGCUCGCGUAUUGGUACCGCCUGUGGCCGGAAAGGAGACAUGGACCGUUGGAUGGAUUCAAGCAUGCAACCACAUGGAGUUCUACAACAAAUACGGAUCGAAAGGGAUGUCGAGCUGGGAGCUCCCAGACCUGCGCGAUGGUAAGAUCCAGGCCAUCAGCGACUCAGACGGUGUCAACUACCCCUGGUAUGGCAACACCACAGAGACUUGCACCAUCACGGGCCCCACCAAGAAGGACACCAAGUUCACCGUCAGCAUGAAUGACAACUUUUACCCGAGUGUAACGUGGGGCGUGCCUGUUAGUGACAGCAACGUGCCAAUGCUGAGCAGCAUCUGGCGAGACCAGAGCUUCACCACGUGGCUGGUGGCCAUCAACCAGGCAUCGGGGGAGACACUGGUGUUGCAGACGGUGCGCUGGCGCAUGAAACUGCACAUCGAGGUGGACCCGGAUAAGCCGCUCGGCAAGAGGGCCAGGCUGCGUGAGCCCUUCACACAGCAGCAACCACAGGUGCUGGGCAAGAACGAACCAAUCCCACCCAACGCCAUGGUCAAGCCCAAUGCCAACGAUGCCCAGGUUCUCAUGUGGAGACCUCAGACUGGGGAUCCGGUGAUGGUCAUCCCACCCAAGAACUAAUAUGUAUACACAUAUGAAAUGGAAAUAAAACCACUGGAGGUGCGUCAUCUUGCUCUCCUGGAAAUGUGAACAAGGAGCAGUGGAACAAAGUGCAACCUUUCUACCUUCAAAAUGGGUCGGGAAUCACUGUGCUACAUAAAGUAAUUGCAAAAACAAAACAAAUAUACUUUUUUUUUUGAGGACCGGGACUGGGUGUGUGCAAGUGUGGGAGUGUUAGCUUUGCAGCCAUAUAAGAGAAUGUGGCUAAUUUGUAUGUAUGCGCUGGGAAACCAGCUGUAUUUAUUUAUUUGGAUGCAUUUAGGCGGGGCGCAGUAGUAUGACUUGCUUAAGGCAUUUUUUUGUGCUCAAAUAUAUGAGUACUGGAAAACAAUUGAGUCCAAAAGGACACUUUUGGAGUUUUAAAUUAUUUUUUUUUUAAAACAUGAAACAUUCAAUCCAUGCUGCCUUAAGUUUACAUUGCUCUUACUGCAGACUUUUAGCCUUAAAUGACAUGCAGUGCAGUAAACCCUCAUCGAUCUGCUACACAUGAUCUGUGGUACACUUGAUGGGGGUUGUGUUCCUUUCAUAGCGUGUUCUCUUCAUAGAGAACCUCUUUUUAAAGCACAUUUCAAGAUCUAUUUGUAGAUUAACUUUUAAUGAAAAAAAAACAGACACGAGGGCUGUGAUGAGGAAAGAGGACGUCUGAUUUAGACACUGCAGAUAUGGCAAUAACUCUUCAUUCAAAUAGUGGCUCUUUAGAGAGCUUAGUGCUUUCAGAAAACCAUUAAACAGUAGAGAGCUUGCAUGUCCUGGAAAUGGAGCAGGCCCUCAGUAGAACACAGCACGUUAGCCCUUCAGUCCAACUCAGCUUCCUAGAGCGGGCUCUUUUGCUCUCUGGUUGUGGCUCCGGUAAUGAUCAAACUUGAUUAGACAGCAGAUGCACGCCAGACACGGGCCCCUGUGGGCUGAACAUCACUUACGUCAGGACGGAGUGAAAUAAAUUAGUGAACCUCACAAGUCUUCCUCUUCCCCUUGUGCUCAUCAGCUGAACUCUGGCUACAUCUCACCAAUCUGAAGCAGAGAAUAUUUUUACACGGUGUAAAGACGUUCUGUAUAAACAAUGGGAAUUUAAGCAAACAACAAAACAACUAAAGACUGAUGGUUACAAUUUAUGUUUGUUUUGAACCACUGUCAGCCCCUCAGUAUUGCAGUAUCUGGUCCAGUUUUUCAAACCAGGAAAUGUUGAGAAAUGAAAAUUCUAUUUUUAAAUACAUAUAGUUUGUCUUCCUUUCCCUUCACCCCAUGUUUGCUCGAAACCAACAAGUUUCCCCCCUGACAUGAAUGUCCCAGACAGAUUCAUGGAGAGAGGAAUAAUCAAUAAUCUCAUAGAAAAUUUACCAUGCAUGCUGGGAGACAGGGACAGAGAAUGGAUAUUUAACAAUUGAGCUCUAACACAGCACUCUACGCAAGGCCUGACAGGCACUACAUACUUUUAACCAUCUACUUGGACAGGUUUGUUCUGAGGGACUCAUUACCUCAGAAUAGCUCACAUAAACAUGUAAUAACAUUUCCACUAAUGCUCCAGAGGUAGGCAGGUUACUACUAUACAAACCAAAUUAAACUAAUUGACCCCCAUUAGCAUGUAUUAAUUGGUAGGUAGGUUAGCGUGUAUGAGUUCAUUUCAAUUAGGUAUUACUUAAUGGAUAUUAAUUGAUAUAGCAAAGCUUCUGGGUUUUUUUUUUAGGUUUGAGAGUAUGUGUGUUAAGCAUCAGUAUGUUUGUGAAAGUGAACAUUACCAGUGCUCAGCAGAACCUGAAAUACUUAGUUUGGGUCCACUGUGACAUAAGGGUCAUCUCCCAGAAUCUCAGAUUUUGAUGCUAUUUAGUUGAUGAGUGGAGGUUGACCUGAAACUAACUCCACCUUAGUAAUGAUGAUUAAACAAUUACUCAUCAAAGGUUUUCCUGCAUGUGUCAUGCCCUAAUUAAGAUACAGAAAUGCACAGGUGCUCUUUUAAGUGCUUUAUAAUGGUGCAAAAUGAUUUUUUUUGCUAAAUUUAAAAAAAAAGAAGGAAAUUUUAAUUUAAUUUUUAAAAAUGAGUCUCCUAUUUUAUUUGCACCAAUUUAUAUUAUGUGAGGCCCCAGGACCUUACAAAGCUCUUGUUUAUAAAGCCGCAAAGGUUUAUGGUAUACACCACUUUGCAGGAAUCUCCGCCAUUGCCCUCGUGUGUGUGGAUUCGGUGUGGAUGGAGUUCAAGGUGGAUUCUUUUGCUGUGAUACCUACACUCUCCUCUCCCUCCCCAGUCCUUCCAGGGCUGUUGCCAUGGAUAGUUCUUCAUUAUAACAAUAUUUCAACAUUUUUUAUAACAGAUUGGAGCAUCAUGUAUGAAAAAUUGGAGGUUCAACUGGAGGUUCAUUUUCAAAUUCUGAUUUUAAAUGUUUUUAUAUUUUUUAAAUUUUGGAAAAAAAAGUCCCUUGUAUUGUCAAAAAAAUGUAUUUUUUCAGAAACGUUUACAUUGAGUUAGUUUCAGGUCAACUUCCACCCGUCCAAUAAUGGCAUUAAAACCAGAGAUACCAAAGAACAAGUCCUGGUUGAAUUGGUGUGGAAUCACCAAUACAGUAGUUGCGUCUGAUCUACUGGUUUUCCUGAUGUAAAUUAUACAUAGUCCUAAAAUGAAUUUUUGGAGAAUUAUAGAAUUCUGCGAAUUCUAGAGAAUUUAUUUUUGGUCUCAUGCCAUUUACAUUCUAACUGAGUCCAAAACCGGUCUCUGUCUAUGUCUGGAAAGCCAGCACAGUGUGUAUUCAACUGUUGGCUGUUUUCAAACUAGCUUUAAAGAUUCCAUACAGAUUUUAUAGUGAGAUCAAAUUAUUUUUUCCAGAGAGGAAUGAACUGAAAAUUCCACCCAAGUAGCUAACAUGAGGCAGAGCUACAUCUUGUGAACACUCAGUGAAAGUCUAUCUAUAAUUGAAAGAAAGUAGCUGCCAUUUGGAUCUAUAGCUGGGCUUAGAUUUGAUAUGCUGGGGUUGGUGACCCUGUUCCUUCAAGUCUAGCAACACCAAGGUCAUGGGCUUGAUUCCCAGGGACUGCACACACUGUCAGACUGAUAUCUGUAUGUAAGUUGCUUUAGGUAAGAGAAUCUGUAAAUGGAUUUUUUAUUUCCUUAAAAAAGAAGAGCUUCUUCAUGGCUCUGGAGUGGAUGUGAUUUGAACCCCCUCCGCUAUGGAUUUAUCUUUGUGCACAUGUGAUUUUGAAGGGUUUACAUAAUUGCCACUACUCCCUCGCCCCCUUAUUAGGAUAUAUAGAAAUAAAGACAUGAACCCGAGAGCCAGAGCAGUAGAUGAAACCUGAGCCAUCAGUAGAUGUAUUCCACUGUAGUUUGAAGGCUUAAUUACAUUAAACGCCUCAUCACCCAACAGCUAUGACGCUUUUAUUGCGCUAGCUGUGGGCUCCACCUGCUCACUUUGGCUUUCUGGUCAGUCAUUAGGGGUCAGUCAUCAGAGCCGAGAGGCAGACAGGACCCUGCUGCUGCCUGACUAUGGUGAAAACAUGAUGUCCAUACACCCAACAGCCAGUGUGUAACUGUGCACAUCCGAAGCAUCGUUACGUUAUGGUAGGUGAAGUUUAAUAGUUUAAUCAUCUCAUGGCACACCUUUGUCUUUUGAAGGCUUCUGGGAGGCUGUCGUGCCCUGUGGGAUUCACACAUCCAGCUGGAGGAGAUGGGGAAUUGUUGCGGAUGUGGGGAGUGUGUACCCACAGCUCUGUAGCGGUGCUCGCUGCCUACAGAGGGUGAGCAGCUGGACCGCGCAACAGCCCAGGGUCCGAGGUCGCUGUGAGCCCCAAUUCUGCAGGUGUGCUUUAGAUCAAACCAUCUUCCCAUUAUUUGCUGUUAGGCAGCAGCUGCCUUGGGAGAUUCGAUUUGCACAACUCUGGUCACCCUUAACUAAGCCCUGUAGUGUUUGGUUAUGUUUUGCCAUGUGAAGAAAGCAUGCUUAGUGUGCUCUAUACCAAUCUCUGUGUGCAUUCAUUCACACUGUGUGACUAGUACACAGAGCAGUGGUGGAGGUGUGAUUAGACUGAGGGUGUUGUUUACCCAGACUAAGCCAUGCAGAGCACUAUAGGUUGGCCAGUGACAGCCCACAGAGACAGACUUGGUCAUUCGGUAGAAUCCCCAUAGGUUCAAAACAAACAAAACAUAGAACUAAAAAAAUAACACCUUUAGAAAUGAGUAAUCCUAAGCCUUUUUGGAAAGUUUUUUUUCCCUCCCAUGAUUUCUUUUUUUUUUUGGUCAUAGUUGAGGAGAUGAAUGUGUCAUGCAGCAUACAAGCGAACAGAGGGAAUACACAACACCAAGGAUGGGAACCUAGUUGUGGUUUGUAGUUUCGUUUUUUAGGACUAUUUUCUUAGACCUGCCACGAACAAGCCUUUGCCAAGACAGCAUAAAAAUGUCCACUGCCUGUAUAUUGUGCAAGCACCUACUCAAAUGUGGCAAUCACACAAUCAUGAACAGAUUCUGUUCAGAUAUUUGAACAGAAUUUGCCGACCUCCGUAUUUGGGUACAUGAUAAAGUUCAUUAACCAAAGGCCGAGAGUCUGCUGCUCCUGCAAAAAAGGAACUGAAUACCAGCAGCUGUUACUGUCAGUACUGUUAUUAACAUCAGUACCACCCAUAGUACUGCAUUCACUAUUAGUUCUUAAUAUUACAGUCUAAUAUACUCUUACUCAGUUUUCAGAAUUAUUUCUCAAAUGCCUGUGUCGAGCAUUACCUUAUACUCAAUCUUAUUCUGACAGCAGAAGAGAAUCUACCCUACGUCACAGUAUGGUGACACCAAGCAUGAUAGUACAGAAGUCCUUGUUCUGUAUGGCCCAUACCAAAACACCGACUUGCUGUCUCUAUGGUGACUGGCUGAAGUUUCCCGAGGCCUUUUGCUUGUAGGUGCAUGUUUGUUUUGCUUUUCAUUACUCUGGGGGAAGAGUAGAUGAGGUGUGCUUCUCUGCACUAUUCACACAAGGGGCUAUAUUAUUAUACUUUCCAUUUGUUUCUACAUACAAAUCUAUAUUAUACAAAACGUGAUUUUUUUUGUUGUUUUAUAGUAGCUUUGCCAUUGAAAUUGAUACUUGAAAAAAUGUUAUUGGCAAAAUAUUUAAAACUGUGACAAUGAAUAAUGUGAAAA